CUCUCCUUCCUUCCUUCCUUCCUUCCCAGCGGAGCCAAAGUGCCACGACUUCACCCAGCAGCAGCUGCUCGGCCAAGAGGCUCCUCCAUAGCGCAGCGCAGCGCAGAGCCCUUCCUGCAGGCGAGAAGAAGAGGGUUAAGAACAGGAAGCCAAAAUGGAUCUUUUUGACCCUCAAAUGCUAGGUGUCAUGGUUUUUGGAGGAUUUAUGUUGGUCUCAGCCAUUGGCAUAUUCUUGGUGUCCACUUUUUCUAUGAAAGAAACAUCUUAUGAAGAAGCUUUGGCAAAGCAACGCAAAGAGCUAGAGAAAGUCAGUCAACAGAAAGUGGAGAAGAAAAAGAAAGAGAAGCCUACUGAGAGAAAAUUAAAGGCUAAAAAAAGGGAAGAGAAACCUAAUGGAAGAAUACCUGAGCCAGACUUGGAUCUGGAUGUUUCUAACAGUAAUAAAGAUGCAAGCCCUGAACCAGUUUUGGUCAUUGAACCAACAGACUUCCAGUCAUCUACUGUGCUUCUUUCAGCUCCUUCCCCGGAGAAGGAGAAGCUAGCCCCAUCUCCUAAAGACAAGAAGAAGAAGGAGAAGAAGGUGGGGAAAGAUGAGCUGGCUUCUAGCCAUGUAAUUUCUUCCUUGCCAACUACUGCCUCAGAAGCCCCUAUUCCUGAUAUAGCUCCCAAAGAGGUGGCUUCAGGUGCUCCUCCACCAGUUGGCACACUACCAAAUGCUCCCUUAACUAGCUCAGUGGCUCUUAAAAAAAAGGAAGUUCUUGAAAUGCAAGAGGAACGAAAGCAUGAUGCAGCUUCUAAGAAAAAAGUGAUUGCUAAAAAGAAGAAAGAAUCAACUACCACAGAUACUGAAGGCAUACUUUCUCUGCCAUACAAGACCUUAAUUUCCAUAAUCAGCAGCAUGGUUUUUGGUGAAGGUGAGGUCCAGCAGCUGAUUGAAAUCCUGACUGAGAAAGCAGGAGGUGCUCAGGAUCCAUGGCUUAUGGCAACACAGAAAAGUGACCCUGUUGCUGUACUGAAACGACAGCUGGAGGAAAAAGAGAAGCUUCUUGCUAUGGAGCAAGAAAAUGCAACUGCUGCAAAAGCUAAACUGAGAGAACUUACAAAGGAACUAGCAGCUGAGAAGGCAAAGACAGUCAUGCUUGAGAAUAAAUGCAAAGAGCAACUGCAGACACAUGAGCAAGAAAUGUCUGCUGUCCAAGCCCGUAUGCAGGCCAGCUAUCAGGACCAUACAACCGAAACCCAACACUUGCAAGGAAAGAUUCGGACGCUACAAGAACAGCUGGAGAAUGGGCCUAACACUCAGCUUGCUCGCUUGCAGCAAGAAAAUUCCAUUCUCAGAGAUGCUUUAAAUCAAGCCACGAGCCAGACUGAGAGCAAGCAGAAUGCCGAACUAGCUAAACUUCGUCAGGAGUGUAGCAGACUAGGCAAAGAACUGACUGAAAAGUUAGAGAUUUUGCAACAGGUAGAAGAACAGAACAAGGUCCUAGAAAGGAAAGCUAUUUCCUUUGAAGAGCAAAUCUGUCAGCUCCAGAUAUCCCAAAAAGAAAAAGAAGCUCCACUACAGAAGAGCUUUAACGAAAUCAGCGAAGAACUCUGCAAAUGCCAGGCCAACUAUCAAAGCUUGCAGAAAGAGCUGCAAAAGACAAAAGAGCAGCAGCCCAAUUUUGCUGAAAUUCAGACUAAACUGCUGUGCUCUGAAGCAGAGGUGAAGAGAAAAGUUGAAGAAUUAAAUGAUUUACAGAUUAAGUUAUCAGACAUCACUGCCCAAAAUGUCCAGCUUAUAGAAAGGAUUAAAUCAAGUGAAGCCCUCCUGGAGGCCAGCCAAGCAAAAGAAGCAGAGAAAAACAAAGAUGCACAGGAUGCAGAUCAAAAGGAGGGCAGUCUACUGCAGUUAAGAUUCCAAGAAUCAUCCACAGAGGUCUCAACUUUACAGAAGGACAUCGCAGAACUAAGAGAAACAGUAGAACAGUUGAAAAUAAAAAACAAUGACUUGCAAGAAAAGAACUUGGAAGCCACAGAAACUCUGGUUUCAGAGAGAAAGUCUUGUGAGGAAAAGUUGCUAUCCUCAGCCCAAACAAAGGAAACAUUGGAGGAGCACCUUGGAAUGGUUCAGACACAAACAAAGAAGAUACUCAUUUCUCUCUUCCCACAAGUCCUAUUAGAUGAUCAACAGACAUAUGAUGAAUGGUUGGAGAAAUUUCAAGAGAAGGCUUACGAAUUAUUGGAAAAGAAGGAUGCCAAAGCAGAGGCUGAUACAGCACUUACCACACUACAAACAGAAUGUGAUCAGUACAGGACCACUCUUGCAGAGACGGAAAGGAUGCUCAGGGACUUGCAGAAGUGUGUAGAGAAGGAGGAACAAGUGUGGAAAGCAAAGCUGGCUGCAUCAGAAGAAGCACUUCAGAAGUCUGAAGACCAAGUGAAAUAUCUUGAAGAUGAUGUGGAGAAGUUCAAGACGGAAUUCCAGAAUAUGGAAAAGUUAAAAGAGUACACUUCUCUUUUGGAAGCACAGUUGAAAAAUCACAUGGCAACUGCUAACUCUGAACACCAGAAUUAUGCAAAAGAAGUUGAAGUUUUAAGACAAAUGUUAUCAGAAUCCCAAGAAAAUCUGGAUACAACAAAAACAGAAAUACUAAAGCAGAGUCAGGAGCUCACACAGGCUAGGGAUUUGGUAAGCAGCUUGCAGUCUGAACUGGAGAAGCUAAAAUCUGCUGGAAACAAUUCUGCCUCUGCAAAUGAAGAUAUUCUCCAGCUUCAGGAAACACUAGACAAGGAGAAGAAGUUAACAAAGGACUUGGGGUGUGCAGCUACUAAACUAAAAGAGCUUUUGAAGGUCACCCAAGAACAGUUGGCCAAGGAAAGAGAAACAGUGAAGAAGUUACAAGAGCAGCUGCAGCAAAAGGAAGAAAACAAUGGCACUGUCAAGGAAGGAACAUCUGUUUGACAAUUCCAGGACCCAAAAUAUGCUCUUCACACUACAAAAUGCCUUAUACAAUUCCAUACUAUGCACGUGUUUACUACAGAAAGCAAUAAACAAAUAAAUGACAUGAAUGAUCAUGAUCUGCCUUAAUUUUUAAAAAAGAAAUAAAAGCAAACUUUGCAGGAAACAGUCUAUAAA